CAUGUCUUUUGUUAUUUUUAUAGUUGUUGGGACUUGGGUGUGAAAGAUGCCAUCGCGUUUACUCAAUUUUCUUAAAGUCAAUCUCCACUUUCUAUAUCAUUCAUCAUAGUCACAAAUUUUUCAAAGUGUUGUAGAAACUGAAAAGACAAAUACUAGAAAAUAUGGAGAAAGCAGUUGAAAGACAAAGAGUUCUUCUUCAACAUCUCAAUCCAAAUUCAGUUACUUCAUCUCAUCAUUCCACUCAUCUCUCUGCUUCAUUAUGUUCUGCUGGACAAACAGGUGGAUCUGAAAAUGAUGUGGUCAUUGUAGCUGCAUAUCGUACGGCUAUUUGCAAAGCAAAGCGCGGGGGAUUCAAGGAUACUCUUCCAGAUGAUCUACUUGCCUCGGUUCUCAAGGCUGUGAUAGAGAAAACAAAUGUGGAACCAAGUGAAGUAGGCGACAUAGUUGUAGGCACAGUUUUAGGACCAGGAUCAGAAAGAGCAAUUGAGUGCAGAAUGGCUGCAUUUUAUGCUGGUUUCCCAGAUACUGUGCCGCUUCGAACUGUUAAUAGACAAUGUUCAUCUGGACUUCAAGCAGUUGCUGAUGUUGCCGCUUACAUAAAAGCUGGGUUCUAUGACAUUGGAAUUGGGGCUGGAUUGGAGUGUAUGACACAAGAUACUAUUUCAGGGGUUCGCAAAACUAAUCCAAAGGUUGAAAUCUUUGCACAAGCCCGAGACUGUCUUCUUUCUAUGGGAAUAACUUCUGAGAAUGUUGCACAGCGUUACGGUGUGACAAGGCAGGAGCAAGACCAGGCUGCUGUCGAGUCUCACAGGCGUGCUGCAGCUGCAACAGCGUCUGGUAAAUUCAAAGACGAAAUCAUUCCAGUUUCUACAAAGUUCGUGGAUCCUAAAACUGGAGAGGAGAAACAAAUUAUUGUUUCUGUUGAUGAUGGUAUCCGGCCAAAUGCAAAUUUGGUAGAUCUUGCAAAGCUGAAACCUGCAUUCAAAAAGGAUGGAACCACAACUGCAGGGAAUGCUAGCCAAGUUAGCGAUGGUGCAGCAGCAGUGCUUCUCAUGAAGAGAAGUGUGGCUGUGCAAAAGGGGCUUCCUAUUCUUGGAAUCUUCAGGAGUUUUUCUGCUGUUGGUGUAGAUCCUGCUGUCAUGGGUGUUGGUCCAGCUUUUGCUAUUCCAGCUGCAGUGAAAUCUGCUGGUCUUGAACUUAGUAACAUUGACUUGUAUGAAAUAAAUGAGGCAUUUGCAUCACAGUUUGUUUAUUCCUGCAAGAAAUUGGGGCUUGAUCCAACAAAGGUCAAUGUCAAUGGUGGUGCCAUGGCUUUUGGACAUCCUUUAGGCGCCACAGGUGCACGCUGUGUUGCAACUUUGUUGAAUGAAAUGAAGCGUCGUGGAAAGGACUGUCGGUUUGGUGUAAUCUCGAUGUGUAUAGGUUCUGGUAUGGGAGCUGCGGCAGUAUUUGAAAGGGGAGACUUCUGAGAUUUGUCGAAGUUUAAAUGCUUAGGAAAUUAACAAUCGUUCAUCACAAGUAUUUUUGAAUUUAUAUGAAAUAAGGAAUAAAAUAGAAUGGAGGGUUCAUGCAAAAGAAUAGAGUGGAACUUUAAUACAUCAUAAUUCACUAAUCAAGAAAACCAAUAAAUUUUGUUGUUUUGGAUGAAAUUAUGUCUUUUUUGAUA